CCAAUCAUAGUGAAGGGGCGGGGUUUGUCGGAAUGUGGAUGUGGAAAAAAUAAAAACAGCCGGCUUUUCUUUUCCUCGGUUCGUUAUCCUUCCCCCCGGUCCGGUUCGGUUGGGUUCGGUUCGGUUGUUGUCGUCGUCGUCACCUCAGUGCAGUUUGCAGACAUGGCGAAUGUAGUGGACACCAAGCUCUACGACAUCCUCGGAGUUUCUCCUACGGCUACCGAGAACGAGCUGAAAAAGGCGUAUCGCAAGCUGGCGAAAGAAUAUCACCCUGAUAAGAAUCCCAAUGCAGGAGACAAGUUUAAGGAGAUCAGCUUUGCGUACGAGGUGCUGACUAACCCUGAGAAGAAGGAGCUGUAUGACCGGUAUGGAGAGCAGGGCCUGCGUGAAGGAGGAGGAGGAGGAGCCGGGAUGGAGGACAUUUUCUCCCACAUUUUCGGCGGAGGUCUGUUUGGGUUCAUGGGCGGUCAGAGCAGCAGGAACCGAAACGGGGGACGGCGGAGGGGAGAGGACAUGGUGCAUCCGCUCAAGGUGUCAUUAGAAGAUCUUUACAACGGCAAAACCACCAAACUCCAGCUGAGCAAGAACGUCCUGUGUAGCGCCUGCAACGGUCAGGGGGGGAAGACGGGCGCGGUGCAGAAGUGUACGGCGUGCAGAGGCAGAGGGAUGAGGAUCAUGAUCAGACAGCUGGCUCCUGGUAUGGUCCAACAAAUGCAGACGGUGUGCAACGACUGUAGCGGCGAAGGUGAGGUGAUCAGUGAGAGGGACCGGUGCAAACAGUGCGAGGGCCGUAAGGUGUGUAAGGAGGUGAAGACGCUGGAGGUGCACGUGGAUAAGGGAAUGAGACACGGGCAGAAGAUCACGUUCAGUGGAGAAGCGGAUCAGUCUCCCAACACCGAUCCUGGAGAUAUUAUACUGGUGCUGCAGGAGAAGGAACACGAGGAGUUCCGCAGAGAAGGUAAUAACCUGCACAUGUGCCAGACAAUCGGCCUGGUGGAGGCGCUGUGCGGCUUCCAGCUCACUGUCACACACCUUGAUGGGCGACACCUCCUCAUCAAAUACCCUGCUGGAAAGGUCAUCGAGCCAGGUGCUAUGAGGGUGGUGCCUGGAGAGGGAAUGCCGGAGUACAGGAACCCGUUUGAGAAAGGAGAUCUCUACAUCAAGUUUGACGUUCGGUUCCCGGAUAGCGGCUGGCUCAGUACCGAGAAACUAACCGAACUGGAGUAUCUGUUACCGUCACGUGACGAGGACGCCGUCAUCACGGCUGACACGGAGGAGGUCGACCUACAGGAGUUCGAUGUGAGUCAGGGGUCAUCUGGAGGUCAACGGCGUGAGGCCUAUAACGACAGCUCGGAUGAGGAGGGCGGUCCUCACGGGCCGGGGGUGCAGUGCGCCCACCAGUAACAUGUCUCUCUCUCUCACACACACACACACACACACACACACACACACACACACACACACACACACACACAGCUCAGUCACAGUGUAUCACACCUGGAACAAAACGCCUCCCCUCCUCCAGCCCAGACCUGCCAUCCUUCACGCGUUUUGUGUCCGAGCUCCGUAUCUUAACGUCAGACCACACCGCUACGUGAUUCGCCUCAAAAAUACGCGGUCUUCUUUUUCCUUGCGAUAAAAGCGACAGAUGUGAAUCCGGAAUGAUUGACGGUUGGGUAGAUGUACGUCGAUUGAUCUAUUGAGCUGCGUGUACAGCUGAUGAUGUGAGCGGCCAUUUUGAAUUGAAUGCGCUUGCUGAACUUGGAAUUCGAGAGACCGCCCCGAGUUCCCAACUUGGAAUUCCUUGGGAAUCGAGGGGAUGGAAAUUUUACCUAGUCGGAGGUCGCAAAUUGUGAGUCACGAUCUUUUUUUCUUUCUUUUUUUUCCUCAAAUGCAGCGUAACUGACCCCCUGGAGGCCCCGCCCCCUUACACCCAUACUAUGUUAGUAAUUGGUUAUUUCACCUUGAUUUUCCUGCCAUGAUGCGGUGUCCUCACUUCCUGUCACGGUAAAUGGGGAAUGAUUUGAGUUCAACACUGUGUGUGUGCGUGUGUGUGUGUACACAACACACUCCAGUUUCUACCUUACAUAAUGUGUGAAAGGACGAUAUCGGAAAUGUGCUGCGUUUCCAUGGAGAUGGCAGGUCUGUGAUCUCUUGUACCCCCGUCUCAUCUCCUCUCCUCUCCUCUCAUCCCUCCGUCCUGUAAACCGCCGAAUGCACACUAAAUAACUCCUUCACUUCAACUAAGACUGGAAUGCUAAACUAGAACCUCCAUCUUCCAUUCCAAUAAAGAAACGUUCACGCGUUUUAAACGAAUAACAAGAAGCAAAGAAAAGAUAUAUAGAAUGGGUUGUUUUUAAUUCAUUACCACCGACAUUAUCAUUGUAGACUUUUAUAUACUGUAUAUGUUACUGAAUAUUUAAACUUUAAAGCAAUUGUGUAUAGGAUUUAAGUUAUAAUCACACACACACACACACUUCUGAAACAGUGCCAGAAUCAAGACAACACAUUGUCGAAAAGUUCAAUAAAAGAUUUUACGUGUGUAAUA